AUGUCGCGCGCUUCAUCUCCCGCCCGAUCGGCAGGCGCGCAGGAGCUACCAGAAGAUGACAACAUUGAUAUAGAGCAAUUAAUCGCACUGAUGCACAAGAGACCUGCUCUAUGGGACAAAUUUGACCCAAAGUACCACGACAGAAUAUUGAAAGCGAGAUUGUGGGAGGAAAUAUAUCAACAGAUAUAUUUUACUUGGGAACAAUAUAGUGUUGGUGAAAGAAAGCAAAAAGGUAAGUAA